UAUUUUUAUAUAUUUAAAUAUGAAUUCAUUAUAUAAUAAUGCUUUAAAGCAGUGUCAUGCUCUCCAGAAAGAUUUGGAUAAGUUCCAAUUAGGGCAAGAUGCUUCGGCAGGAUUACAAGGUCAAAUUUCAGCUUCUUUUAAUGCUUUACAAAGAUCAAUUGAUGAAUACGAGCAUUUAGCUAAAAGAGAACUGAUUCCAGUAAAAAAAGAAACUGCUUUAACACGGAUUGCAAAAUUUCGACAAGAUUUACAAAGCAUGAAAAUGAGAUUUGAAUCUAUAAAGAAACAACAAGAAAUGAUUGCAAAUGAGCAAAAUAGAGAUAAUUUGUUAAGAAGACCAAAUAGAGGUUCAUCAACUGUUCCCGAACAUCCAUAUCAACCACUAUCUCGAGAUGAAUUUGCCAUGAGAGAACAGUCUUUUGUUAGAAAUACAGAUUCUCAACUAGAUGAGUUUAUUGGUCAAGCACAAAGUUUAUUGGAGAAUUUAACAGAUCAACAUAGUAUCUUGAAGAAAACACAAAAGAAAAUAUUAGAUACGGCAAAUCACUUGGGAUUAUCACAAAAUGUGAUUCGAUAUAUUGAAAGAAGAACAGCGCAAGAUAAAUGGAUAUUUUAUGGUGGUAUGAUCAUUACUGUAUUCUGUAUAUGGGCUAUAAUAUAUUUUAUUGGCUAAUUUAUAAUAAAAACUACUACUACUACUACUACCGCAUAAUAUAUUUUGGUAACAUUAUUCUACUAAGCCUAUAUCGUACACCCAGGUAACAAAGGUAAUCUUGUUUAGGAAAAACGCGGACUUUACGUGUUUCGGGAAAAUGACUGUCUUCAAGGUCAACAAAUGUUCCUUUUAAUAUAAAUGCGUCCUCUAAAAAUAUUUGAUUUUUAUAGUCAAAUGGAAUCCACAGAGAAUUCAUAAAGAAUAGCCAAUUAACUUCAUACAUAUGAUAUAUGUAUGCAAUAUAUAAUAUUUGAAUGUAGAGUACAACAAGAGUAAAAUUUUCGAGCUUAUUUAUACUAUCUGUUCAGUUCAUUGUCAUUGUGUCAAGCAAUAAGUUUUAAUAUAGUACUAAAC